UCUGCUGAACGUGUUCCGCAUUUCAAGCACUUCCGGUGUUUUUAGUUAUGGUGAUCGUAAGAUUUCCAUGGAACACUUUGCUUUUCGUGUUGUUGACAGUGUUUUUCGAUGGCUUGGACACAAGUAUCGGCGGUCAAAACACACCAGUGACACAUGGCAGUAGCAUUGAGCUACCAUCUUCAACUCCAGUAGGUUCUACUGCUACAAGCCAGUCUGCAGAGACUAGAAAUUUACAGAGCACAGAAAAUCCUCAUGAUAUGUGCCCAAGCGGUGUUGACUGCCACAAGCUGGGAGGAGCAUGCAUCAAGUGCAACUUUUCUACUUGUGAAUAUGGGAAGACCAAUACUGCAGAGUGUGCCGCAGUUGAGAACAUAACUUGCAAUGGAGAAAGAACAUUCCAGCGACAGUACCAUUGUCGUUACUGCUACCAGCUGGACCCCUUGUUGUACAAGUGCAAUGCCUCAGCCUGCCCCAUCAACACCCCUCGCAAGACCUGGCCAGCAAGACCCUUCUACACUGCCCUGUGUACUGCCAAGGAUGAUAUCCUUUGUCUCGGUUCCAGGAGGUUUUAUCGCCAGCAGGACUGUAACUGGACAAGUGGCUACAAGUGGUCCACUGCACUUAUCUUGAGCAUUACUCUUGGAGGUUUCGGAGCAGAUCGGUUCUAUCUUGGUUUGUGGAGAGAAGGCAUUGGCAAACUAUUUAGUUUUGGUGGACUUGGAGUGUGGACACUUGUGGAUGUCAUCUUGAUAGCUGUGGGCUAUGUGGGGCCUGCUGAUGGAUCAUUGUAUAUAUAGUCAUGAGAUCAUUAGCAUUGUACAUUUCAUCAUCAGUAAGUCAUGGAAGUUCUAUUGUGUCGUUUUACUUGAAGGCGUUUCAUUUUAAUUCCUCAUCAACUGAUGUCAGAUGUUCACCAUCAUUAGGUUUCUGGAGAGUGGUUAAGACAUUUCAGUUUGUGAAAAUUGAGUACAGUACUUUUUGAACAUAUAAAUUUGGACUUUUUUCCACCUCUCGGGGGUAAUUUUUUUUAUUGCUAUUAUUGUUGUUUAUAGAUGUCUUUUUUUUUGCCAAUGAACUCAAAAGUGAAAUAACAUAUCAUUACAAUAUCCUGUGUUUCAUGAAAUAAUUUAUCAUACUUUGUACAUUUCAUAAGGCCAAUGCUGUUAUAUUGGACAGUCUGUUGUAUAUAAUAUUAUACAAUAGAUAUAAAUUGCUAUUAUUGCUAUUAGAUAUAAAUUGCUAUUACAGUGUUGAAUUUUCAGUUCCAUGAAUUCCAGUCAAUGAAGAAAUCUAUGGAACUGGCUUUUUGCCAGCUACCAUUUAUUCGUUGCUAAUUUUCCAUGUUUCCAGAAAGAGUCGUCAUUAUGUUAGUUCUUUAGGGCCACACCUUAUUAUUUAUUUUUCACCUGAUGAUUUGACACACUGGCGCCAAUAACUACAUUAAGAAAAUAAUUACUAAAAUAAAAAUGAUUGAUUUUUCCAACCAUUGUUUUACAUUCCCAAUCCAUCAAAGAUAAUUAUACAACUAUGAAAAUAUAAGAAAAGUAAUUGUUAACUUAGUAAUUGAUUAUGAAUUGAGCAUAUGCAUAGUCUCAACACCUUGUAUUGAGAAACCUUUUCUGACAGAUGUAUAUGCAUGUGUUCAUGUUGUUGUACAGACAGUAAACAUCCUGCACGUAAAACAGAAUUAUAUGGAUCUUUUCCCAAUAUAUCAACCACCCCAAACAACUGUAUGACAAAUAAUAUAAGAAAAUAUUGAGCUGUAACCAUGAAACAAUUAUUUUUAGUUUUAUUUCAAUCUCUCCAAGGUAAUUGGUUAGCAAAGAAUCUGUAAACAAUAAAAUAUUAAUGGUGUGGCCUUAGGAAUACACAUUGUAUGUGAAUUGUGUGAGAGAGGGUAUGUUUGAGAGUAUCUUGAAGUAUAAAGAAAUAAAUCUAUUUCAGUGUU